GGUCACAGCCUGCCUCUCGGUCUGCGGUUCAGAAUGCAGAGUAACGGGACGGACGCACACCCGCUGUUCGGGGGCGCCUUCUCCGCGGUGCUGCCCCCCGGCUUCAGAGACGUCAGCGAGCUCCGAGAGAUCCCGGAUAACCAGGAGGUGUUCGCUCACAGCCACACUGACCAGAGCAUCAUCGUGGAGCUGCUGGAGUACCAGGGCCACGUGACGGGCCGGGACGCAGCCAGGUACCACUUUGAGGACGUGGCCUGCAGUAACGAGGCCGCUGGCCCCGGAGGCUCCCAGGUGCUCAGUGUGGAGCCGCUCCCCGCAGCGCAGACGUCCCUGCAGGAGAGCGAGUCGGCCUGGCUUCUCCACGGCACACAGCUGGUGUCAAAGUUCAACGAGGAGGCUGAGAACGCCGUGAGCGUGUAUCUGGGGCUGUUCCGACUCCCUCAGUACAGCACAGACGCCCUCGUCACUUUCAACGACCCCGUUACUAUCAAUCCCCUCAGCAGCAGUGCUGUCUCAGAGUCGGGACAGGACGCCGUCCCGUCCCCCUGGAGCCUGGAGCAAUUCCGACUGCUGCUCCAGACGCUCCGACUGCUCAACCCGGACGUCUUCGGAUAAGGGCUGGGGGGGGGCUGUCUGCUCUGUACGGGAGCCCGGAGGGGCCAAUUCCACACAGCUUCAGAGGGAGGGGAGGACAGUCACUGGAACAGCACGGUGCUCUACUACCCCCGUUCUGCACACUGAGACCUGACUGAACCAGCUUGCAGAGGGAGGGGAGGGCAGUCACUGGAACAGCACGGUGCUCACUGACGAUGGAAACGCGGUUAUUAAGGGAAUGCAGUGUGUGUUUUUUUGGCUCCGCAGUUAACGCAGUUGGGCUGUGUGCAGAUAGAGGUCAGGAAGGAAGGACCCUUGUAAACUCCGUCCCAGGUAACACGCCCGUCCAACUGCUAAUCAGAAGGUGCUACUUGUGCUUUUACAAUAAAUAUUGGAACUGCUUGGAAAGAAGGCUGCCUCUGUUUAGUGUUCUAAAUCGCCUUUGUUAUCGAGGGG